AUGGCUACCUCGUUGCAUUUUGGCCCUGAAUGGAUGCGCAGGGGACCGGGCAAGUCCGCUUCCAAUGCCAACGCUUCGCAAUCAAACGGCAAUGCGCCAGGCAGUGGUGGUGGCGGCGGCGGUGGUGGCGCAGAGAACACCUCCAACCGAUCCGUAUCGCCAGGUCGUCCUUCUUCAAAUACCAGUGCCAACUCUGCCGGUGCUGCUGCCGUGGGUAAUGGACCGCUAGGCGCUCUGGGCUCUCUACCCACUUCCACUCGACGCAAUCCCAGUCUAGGAAACCUGUCGCAUGCUGCCCCUUCCAGUCUUUCCUCGCCAUCUGGGCCUGGAUCCACUUUGGGCUCACCAGCGGUAUCCAGUCCUGGCCUAUUCAGCUUUGCGGCAGCGGCGGCUGGAGGUGGUGGGGCUGUCGGAGGAGGAACAGGAGGAGGAGGAGGAGGAGGAGGUGGAGGUGGUAGUGGUGCAGGUGGUGCUGGUAUCACGCCUGGCAACACCUCCAAUAGCACUUUGGCCCCGGCUGCCGGUGGUGGAGCCGCUUCUUCUCAGCAGCCUAACAGCUCCUCACACCAGUCUGGAGUCAAUGCUGAUGCUGAUUUCAAGCUCUUGAGCUUGUACGGUGCAGACCCUCAGUCCAAUGCCAAUCCCAAAAGUCCUCUUCCCGAUACGGGCAAGGAACAUUGGUCGACUGUGGGGGUUGCAGAGAGAGGAAAGAAGAAGGUGAGUCACGAGUCUGGCCGCUUCAGCAAUCCCGCCCUUCAACGCGCGCUGGCUGACCAAACGCUUCCCUUCUUCUGAUCAAUUCAGCCGCUUGGUGGCGUUCUGGACCGAGACAGGGAUCUCUCCAGAAGAAAUGCGGAUACCGGAGGUCCAUUGUCACCCGCAUUGGGAGGCGAGCCGCGAGGUUUGAAUACUCGAGCAUUUUCUGGAAGCUCCACUGGUGUGGGCGAAGGUCGAAGGUCCGGCUUAUUCGGUCGAGGUCAAGGCGGCGGUGGGAUUGGGGUCUUGAACGUCAAUACAGGUCCAAGCGCUGGCAGUGGUCCUGUUUCAGGUGCGACCAAUCCUUUGAGUCCCAGUGUGCCUCGCGAACGGUUCUCGGGCAUACAGGGUGGCGUGCUUGGGGGUGUCGCGCCUACGCGAAAGCGUCAGGAUAGUGAAGGAGGCGGCAACACCGCGACCAGUGAGUACGCUAGUCUCGGAUGCGCGUGUCUAUUCGAGUGUGAUUGAGCUCAUGUCGACUCUCACAGGUACGAGGAUGCCGCGACCACCAUCCGACGAUGCCGAGCAAGGCCAUGAUCGUCGUCCCAGCCGUACACGAUUAUCGAUGGGUGCGCUGGGAGAAGUCGGAACGGCAGCGACAGAUGCGGUCUCGUCGCCACUGGAGACGCAGCCCGAAACGCCGCGUUCGGCUCUGCCAACACCUACUGGAGGCAGUCUGUCAGGCCGCUUCAAGAGAGAUCGCAUACCUGGCGAGGGACCAAUCGGACCCAAUGCCGAUGGCAGCGCAGGCUUUGGCAAGUUCUCGUCCGUAGGCAGAAAGCGCGAACGUCAGUCAGCUGCGGCCGCAGCUGCUGUCUCUUCUUCUGAGCCUGGUCAGCAGGAUACAACAGAGCACCAAGGCGUCGCUGAAACGGAACCCGUCCCUGGUGAGCCUGUGGACAAGGAUUUGGCGGAUCGCACCUCUUCAUCAUUAUCUCUUGCCAACUCUGGACCCUUGGACACUGUGCCCGAUUCGUCAGCGAAGCUGCGCGCCGAUGAAUUGAGUCAUGCUGCCUCGGACGAGCCCAUGCCAGCAGAAUCGGCCGAGUGGUCUCCAGAGACCGAAACAUGGUACUACAAGGAUCCUUCGGGCACAUCUCAGGGUCCGUUCCCGGCUACGACUAUGCAGGACUGGUUCGAGCAGAGCUACUUUACUGGCGAUCUUCCGAUGCGACGAGGUGCAGAAGAGGAGUUUGCACCUUUGGCCAGCAUACUCGCUGCUCUGGGCCAUCCCGAAAAGCCUUUUUUGACGCCUCCUGUUGCAGCACCUUUAGCACCCUUGGCGCGGGAGGUGGAGCGGUCAGCACAAUCAGGCGAUCAGUCGCAGCAGCAGCCUUCUUUGGAGGACUCGGCCGCUCAGCACCUUCAGUCAGCUGCGGAUCUCAAUGUCGGUGCGGAACACGGAGACUCCGACCUCUCAAGAGACGUGCCCCAAUCCGCAGAGGGUCUUCCCCCAGACGUUGGUGGGCGGCCAUUUGACCAGUAUGGUUCUUUCGGAACCCCAGGACAGCAGGACCCGUCCGCAGCACAUCCAUGGGCGCCCAAUGAUCGCAUGGGACCCGGGUUCGGCUCGCACGCUUGGUCCCAGUCGAGCUUUGGUUUCGGUAGCGGACCUGGACCUCUUCCGCCGCAGUCAUUUGGAGAACACCACUCGCCCUUUCUGCAGCACGUACAGCCUCCUCAAUCUCCCUUUGGCGCACCCGCUGCUUUCGGUCCACAUGGACCUCGUAGCCAAGAGGAGUACUUGCAUAUGAUACGGCAGAGGGAGCUUCAGGAGCAACGCCAUGCAGCUGCAGCUGCUGCUGCUCGCGCUCAGGCUGGCUCCGGCUUGGGCUUUGCAGCGCCACCACAUUACCUGAACGAUGCCUUUGGUGCUCGUCCAGGUCAGGCAUGGAACGACGUACCAGGCCCAUGGUCUCACCAAGGCGUGCACGGCUUGCCAGGCCAUCAGCUGCCACCCUUCCAACACAACUCUUCUCCAUUUGGAGCGUUCAACCCUCAAAGACAACCAUCUUUCGACUCGGUAGGAUCUCCAUGGCGCUCUGCUGCGAUCCCCUCAUUGCCUGACGGUGGCUUCAACCAUCAACCCAAUGAUCAGCGAAUUGCGAGCCAGGUCUUCGAUCAGGUCACUAAUCCGAUCGCGCCUGCAGAUGCGAGUCAUGAAGAGGUCCACCCGGCGCAUCAGCAGACCGACGGAGCGUCGGUGCAGGCAGCAGCGCCUCCUCCCGACGCACUCGCAGCAAGUCUGCCGACUCAGGCUCAGACUGAGAUCGCUCCUGAUCUUCCUCCUGCCGCGUCUUCGCCCUCUGCUCCCACUGUGGCAAAUCCAGCUACCCCCACGCCUCCCGAACCAACGCCCGAGGAACUUUGGCCGCAGAGCCCUUCUGCUGUGGAGUUUGCUGCUGAACCGCGCCUCGCGGAGGAGCCAGCGCCUGCGCAAGCGAUCUCUGAGGCCGACAGAGGCGAUGGCAGCGAGAAUUCGGUGCGCAACAAGCGGUCUCGACGCAAGCAGCAGCAACAAGCUUCUGAAGGUGCGCUCUCCGAUGCUGGCGCCACUGGCAAGGCUCUACGCGGCGCGGAGCAAGCAGGCGGUCUGAAGGUUCUAUCUCGUGAAGAAUUUGAAAAAGCGCAGUCUGGUCAGGGCAAAGGGGCUGAUCAAGGUCAAGCUCCAGCCGCUGCUUGGCUUGUCGAUUCGCCCUCAGGUGGGACUCCGACCGCAUCGAAAGCUCCGUGGGCAAAGGAUCAAGCGGAAAGCGGGACUGCGCCCGGAGGUCUGAGCCUUCGACAGAUCCAGGAAGCUGAGCAACGUCAGGCGGAGAUGCGCCGAGCCGCAGAAAGAGCUGAUGCAGCGCAGCGAAUCAAGACUUCUUCUGCGGCCAGCGAUGCUCUGCCGACUACGAUGCGAUGGGGUCUUGCUAGCGGUCAUGCGCACGGAGCACCACCACCGGUGGAGGAUGCCAGAGCCUCUACGCCAACAACUUCGGCUGCUCCGGCCUGGAACACUUCCACGAGUGCGUCUAAGAAAAAGACUUUGAUGCAGAUUCAGGAAGAGGAGCAAAAGCGAGCUGCGAAGGCCAAGGAGGCGCAAGCGGCUCAGCAAGCCGCUCUUCAGCGCGGUUACGCCGACUCUGCUACGCGCCAGACUGCACCUGCUCCAGCUGUCAGCCAAGGCGGCGGCUGGAGCGUGGUGGGUGCCAAGUCUGCAGCUACGAACAGUCCUAUUGUCGCGUCUGCUGCACGACCUGCUGGCGCUUCUGCAAGUGCUCGAGCUGUCAGCUUGAACAGCCCUGCAGCGGGAGCCUGGGUCGCUGGCACGGCCAAGCAGAACGGAGCAGUCGCCGCGCCUGCCAGGUCCUCCGUCACCAGCUCGCCUGCCGUAUCGAAGGCCAAGACUGCCUCGUCAAGCGCAGCUGGAGAGUCGGGCAACGAUCAGCCCAGCGCGGAAUUCCUCAAGUAUCUCAAAGAUCAGCUCAAAGGUCUGAACGUCAAGGGUGAGUUUUUUUUUUCCCUCGAAAUUUGGCUGCGCUCGCGACCUUGCCCCGGCGGCUGUAUGCUGACCACGAGUCGAUUUCUUUUUUUCAUCAUUGCGACGCAAUAAUAGUGGAAGACUUUGUCGAGAUGCUGCUCUCUUUUCCGCUCGAUCCCUCACCAGACGUGGUGGAGAUUAUUGCGGAAUCCGUCUAUGCGAACAGCAGCACGAUGGACGGUCGAAGGUUCGCAGCCGACUUUGUGGCGAAGCGCAAGAUGGAUGCUCAGAGCGGACGAGGAGUAGGUGCGGGCGUGGGAGGAGGAGGAGGAGGAGGAUGGAGCGGACGCGGGGGUGCGCUUGGCUUUGGCAUGCCGAAUGGUCAGGGAAGCAUCGGACGAAGCACUAGCGAAUCUUUUGGUGGUGGUGCUGCUGCUGCGGGUGUUGGAGGCGGCGCGAGAUCGUCUGCUGCUGCUGCUGCUGGCCAUGUUGCUGCUGGUGCAACGACCGGCUCGAGCGCCAACGACUUUGCAGGUUUCAAGGUGGUCAAGGCCAAAGGUGGCAAGAAGGGCGGUAGAGCAUAA